AUCUUUUUAAAGAUGCCGGACCAGUCCUGUAGGCACAAGGGGGAGAACUGUCCUGGAACUACUUUAAUCACUGGAAAAAAUCAAACCCUUGCACAAACUUUGGCUGGGAAUAUGUUCCAUACUGAUGUUGUCCAGGGAUCAUCUUCAGAACCUAGUCGUGGUUACUUCGUUGAUUCUGCUUUCUUCGGAAAGGAUUCUUCUCUCUAUAACAUUCAAAGUCAGUGUGGAUCGAACUCUACGAUAUCUGUUUCUGUUCCUAUUCCUCGGUCAUCCUUAAAAUUCCAGAAAGGUUUGCACUUCUCCCUAAAUAUACUGUUGCAAAGGUGA